AUGGCUGGCAGUUUGCCGGAGAACACGGCAGGAGCUAUCGACAUUCCGGAUGUUACACCCGAUGCGUUUACCAAUAUGCUCAGUUUCAUGUACACGGACACGUUGGAUGGCCUGCAUAUGGAUAACGUCUGUCAAACGUGGUCGUGUGCUGACAAGGACGAUCUGCCGCUGUUGAUGGAGAUAUGCUGCGACUUCGUCAAGGCUCGUCUUAAUGUGGACAACUGCCUAACCGUUCUGGAGAAUGGAAUGGACUGUCAUGCCGACGAGAUUGUACAGCAUUGCCUGGAAUUCGUGGACCGAUCCGCUGAUGUCGUCGUGCAGUCCACUGCUUUUGCGGUCGUUGGACAGGCGACGAUGGUGGGCGAAGGAGGCAUGCGAUGCCCGUAG